AUGCCGAUCGAGCUGCCUAGGGGGCUGCCCUUCGCGGUGGACACUUGGACCCCCGCCUCCGCCCUCAAGCGCCACCGCUUCCUCACCCACGCCCACCGCGACCACCUCGCCGGCAUCACCACCACCAGCGCCGCAGGCGCCGUCUACGCCUCGCGCCUCACCGUCCUCAUCGCCCGCCACAUCUUCCCUCAGCUUGGCCCAGACGCGUUCGUGGAGAUGGAGCUCGGGGCGCCGGUGCUCGUCCCGGAUCCCGACGGUGACUUCACCGUCACCGCUUUCGACGCCAACCACUGCCCUGGCGCGGUGAUGUUCCUGUUCGAGGGCGCCUUCGGCAACGUCCUGCACACCGGCGACUGCCGCCUCACUCCUGACUGCAUUCAGGGCCUGCCGUUCAGGUACAUCACUGCGGAGGCACCAGGAGCAAGCCAGGCGCCGCCGUCGUGCCGCAUCGACUACCUCUUCCUGGACUGCACGUUUGCCAAGUGCCCGCUGCAAUUCCCGGCCAAGGAGGCCUCCAUACGUCAGGUGAUCAAUUGCAUCUGGGAGCACCCUAAUGCGCCGACAGUGUAUCUCGUGUCCGACAUGCUGGGACAGGAGGACAUACUGAUCGAGGUGUCCAGGGCGUUCGGGUCAAAGAUAUACGUCGACAAGGACAAGAAUUCAGAGUGCUACCACACCCUCUCGCUCGUCGCACCGGAAAUCCUCACCGAGGACGCGUCCUCUCGCUUUCAGGUGAUCGAAUUCUCCCGGUUGUCAGAGCGGGCAACGGAUAUGCUUGCAUUAGCACGGGCGAGGCAGCAGCCUGAGCCCCUCAUCAUCAGGCCUUCUACCCAGUGGUACGCGCACUACGCGGCACCAGAUGCGUCGCUGAAGCAGAAGCCGGCGCUGACGGAGCCUAUGCGGGAUGAAUUCGGGGUGUGGCACGUGUGCUUGACGAUGCAUUCGUCUCGCGAGGAGCUGGAGCAGGCCCUGCGAUUCCUCCAGCCUAAGUGGGUCAUCUCGACAACACCUCCUUGCCUUGCCAUGGAUCUGGCCUAUGUCAAGAAACACUGCUUCCUGUCCCGGCUAAGCCCCGAGGAUCCCAUCUGGAAGUUGCUCGGAAUACCUCAUGGAAAUCGUACUGUCACAGGCUCACCGCAGGCGGCGAUAACCACAGUAGAAGCCAUUAAGCAGAGCGAGGAACAAGAGUCGGAAGACACUUGUUCUGCUGUUUGCAGCCAGGUAUUACAAGAUGAAGGACCGGUGUUACAAGAUUUUGCAAUUGAGGUGGCGCAGCCGGUGACAUUGUUUGGGAGAGCAAGGUUUGGAUUACCUCAGGACUUUGAACUGUGGAAAGACAAGUAUGAGAGUGUUCAAGUGGCCGAGGAGGUCAAAUUUGAGGAGGAAUUGCAGAAUUCAAAUGCAAAAUCCUUCGAGCUAUGGAAGGACUUCAAAUCUGACAAGGGCACUGCCCACAUGAUUGAUUUAACUCAAGCUGUAACAAACGAGCUCCAUGGUUCAGCAAUAGAACCUGAGUUGCAGAAGGACUGUGAAUCCAUCGACGGCAUUCAAGUAAUCGACAUUACUCAUGGUGAAGUGCGUGAGCACAGCUCGAGUAGGGACGGCUGUGCUGAACUUGCCAAGGAUGUGAAAUGCAAUCAGGGUGCAGAACAAAUCAGGGAGAGUGUCAAAUUCAUCGCUGAGACAGUACAAGCUAAAGUAGAAGCAACAGAAGAACUGCUUUCUGAGGAUCGCAUUGUUCUAUCCGACAUUAGCAACAGAUCUGAAGGCCCUGACACUGACAGAGCAGAUACUGCUGGAGUCGGGUCAUCGAAGGUUUUGAAUGCAAAGCUGAGGAGGCUGUACAGGUCGAUGAACGUGGCAGUUCCUCGGCCAUUGCCAUCAUUGGUGGAGCUCAUGGGAGCCUCCAAACGACCAAGGGUCUCCUCCCAGUUUCGUCAUCUGUGA